AAAAACCCAUUUUAUAUAACGGGUGAAAGUUAUGCCGGAAUUUAUAUCCCAAUGUUAGCCCAUGAAAUAUUCAGCACUAAAUCUACAAUCAAUUUAAAAGGUGUUGCAAUUGGUAAUGGAGUUCUAGGAAAUGCCCCAUUAAUUAGUAUGUCUUACUAUGACUUUAGUUUAGGCCAUGGAUUCAUUACAACUGGAUCCUAUGAGCAACUCAUUGAGAAUUGCUGUGAAUGUAAAUCAGGCGAUGUUUUACAUGAAUGCGAUUUCAAUAAACCAGCGAAUAGGACUAAAUGUGAGGCAACAGAAGUGGAAAUGUCUGGAACAGAGAAUCCAUACAAUGUUUACGAUGAUUGUGGCGCUAAUUCUGCAUAUUUGGGACUUUUCAACAAAUAUUACGCAAAGGCUUCCAACAAAUUACCAGUCAAUGAAAGACCAAAUAUCAAUUGUCCGCACCAGGGGUUUACAGAUUACCUAAACAUACCAGAAGUACGUAAAGCACUGCACGUACGCCCUGAGGACACCCACCACUGGAAUGAUUGCGACGGAUCCUAUUCAGGAGGGUUUACAGACCAAAGACCUAUUAUUAUGGAUUUGAUUAAUAAGUAUAAUAUCGGAAAACUUGUCAUAUUUAAUGGAAACUUUGACACCGUAUGCGAUCACAUCAAUAAUAAUAGAUUUGUUGAUAGUCUUGCAUUCAAGAAAGAUGGUCACUAUAGUGCCUGGCACACAUCCGAUGGAUUUAUUGGUGGAUUUACUCAGCACUACGAGAAAGGCUUGAGCUUCGUAUUAGUUCGCGGGUCCGGACAUAUGGUCCCUCACGACCAACCAGUGGCUGCCCUACAGUUACUCAAAAAUGUCGUCGGGAUUGAGUAACCAUGUUAAUAAAAAAUUUAUAAACGUAUUAAACUGAUAAUAUGAUUUAUAAAUAAUCAAUUAAUUUACG